CGUAAUUCAAGAGUGCGUGAGCACUCUAACUCGACAAAACGGCGAAAGAAUCCCUUCAUGCGUUCCCCUUUAGCCGUGUGUUGACUACCAGCUCAAUGAUGGCACCUGUUGCGCCUCAUCCUGCAUCGUGGCAGCUGGCUCACUUGCCCUUGGCUUUUCCUCCGUCUCCGAGGAUCUUGUACCGCGCUUUCCGGCCAACAGGAACCCACACUCAUCCACAGCUAGCUCUGGAGCAAGGGAGGCGCAAGAUCAUUCAACAUUGGAGGCCUGGCGUUGGGACUGUCGAUGUGCCGCUAGCCGUUGUUGAUCAUGUUAAGCAAAUUCUUUGGACAUUCGCCAUAUACUCCGAUGACGGAGAGACAAUUCCAUCUGUGACACUGCAUGGUCUCGCGUUGGACGGCCUUACCGAGGAGGCGUUCGACUCGUAUCGGCCCGUUGAUGUGUAUCCAUGUUCCGAAGCCUGUUCAUCAAUGCCACGGCCAUGUGCCAGUUGUCCGCCAUCCUGGAACAUCAGAGACUACCUAUCAUCUGCUUGUCUUCUUCCUCGCCUGUCGCUUCGAAGCGCUCACGCACACUUUCUGCUUGCUGUUCGGGACCACAUCAUUGACUCGCUGUGUAUAUCUUCCUUGAAGUCCUCAAACACUCUUCAGAAGAUUCCAGGAGGCUUCAUAUUUCGUGGAUCAAGAACACUAGGCGAAUGGGGCACUGGUUGGAACGGGCAGUCUGAUAGCCAACCAUUAAAGGCCAGCAUGGUUCAUCUGCAUCUCACUGCAACAGGGAUUCUCGCCCAAUUAGUGAUGCGGAGAUCUUCCUUUCAGGAGACUCGACCGAAAAUGGAGCCGGGCCUUCCUAUUGUCCUACUUCCCUUCUUGACUCCGGCAUAUUACGUGAAAGAUAUAGCAGCUGAUGCGGACAUGGAUUCCACUUUCCGGAACGAGCUCUGCGGGCACGGGUACUCCUCCAGUUCCAAUAAUGGCUUCUUCCAAUGCUGGAUACCUUUUGAAGAUGACAAAGACAUUAAUACACCGUCGUCAUCUCGAUCAGAACAGAAUGCAGAGGCGCAAGGGAUCCUGUUGACUUGGCCGAAGUCUAUGUGCCUGGUAUCGUCGACUCGAGCCCCUGCUCGCCGUAUCCCUUCACCUUCAACCAUCAUGUUGUCGCCUAAGGGGAAAGAGGUGGAGUCCUCCAAGCCCAGGACAUCGUGCCAACGUUCUAGUUCUGUGCCUGUGCGCGAUCUCGAAUCGAUCGCUAGUCACGCGAAUGAAUUUGUCGAUGCCGUAGUCAAAGAUCGAGAACGGGUCAGAGAUCUGCAACGAUCAAAUGAUCCCAAAUCUGUCAACUCCCCGGUUAUUGAAAGCUCAUCUCCCAAAACUAAUUUCAUCACACACAAUCCUCGAAACGCUACCCAGACUUAUCCUUCUCCGCCAGGAUUGAGUCCCGGUUCUUCUUAUCACCAAUCCGCUUGGCAUGCACAUUCACCCCUCCAGUUUUCAUCCUUCUCACCUUUCACGGCCUUAGGGCAAGAUUCUCCUAAUGCUCUCACCGCGGCAUUGUCUUCCGCGAAUUUCAAUCCGUUCUUUUUUCAAUUUCAAAAUCCUCAGUCAUCCUUUCCAACACCAUCAUCAUUUAACUCAACGACUACCGUACAAAAUCAAUCCUCUUUCCCAGUAACUGAGCCUUUCAUAGACACAGAUCCACCUGUCAUAGAUGACGUUGCCUGGUCUGGCAUCACAUUUCCGUCAGGCGACGACCCUCCAGGAGAGCGCUCUGAUCGGCUUCCGAACGAUACCGUUGAUCUCAAUGACAUUCUUGGUGAUAAGGGGAUGAUAUACUUUAACUCACCAUCAAAUUUGCCUAUUGUUGCGAGUGGGGAGGCUUCCCCCCUAGGGAAGGAAUCCGACACUGAAGUCUUUCAAUGGAAAGAGGAUAUUUUGCUUACCCCAAAGGCGCCACAGCCAGUCCAGCCCGUCCAGGUCGUGGACAUUCCGGUGGCUGUAGCUGCGGACUCACACGGCCUCCCAUUGACCAACCGCUUCCUAGAAUCCGGAUACACAACGUGGCCGCCAGAUGCGUCGUCGAUCACCCCUGUGCCAAAUUUUCCGGGUAAUGAGGAGGCCUUCACAGCACUGGAUCUGCCAGACUCUCUCUCGAUGAGCCACAUGACUCGCGGUAUCGUCUUGCGCCACCAUCAGCACUGUCUUCCCAUUUCCGUACGCUUGUCGCAAAUACCUGGUGCUGGAAGCGUAUCAAUGGAGCGUACAAUACGGGACGUUUACGACGCGCUAUCUAAUCCGAAAACAGAAUUAGUCAGUAUGAUCCAACGUAUCAUAGGACAACGUCGUGUGCCAUCAAGUGGAGUAUCAAGACAAACUCAAGAUGACAAUGACCACAUUUGGAGGAUGUCUACUGAUGGCAGUGAUGCCGUCUCUGACACGGUUUCUGACGUCGCUUCCGAAGACAGCAUAAAUGGCGUGGCUGUCGAACAAACAGAUCCAGAAGGGCCCGUGCCUCAUACAGUGGACAUUGAGUCUCCCGUGGCCAUUGCUCUACGUGUUCGAUUGGAUCGGGCUGCUUUCCAAACGUUUUCACGACCUUUUCGCACUUGGCCGACCGUGUUCAACGCACCUGCCAUAGCGGUCGAUGAUGAACCACCGGAAGCGACGGAGAGGACUCUGAAACCCAUUAAUUCUGCCCCCACCCCUGUUUCCCCCGGUGUGAUUCCUGUUGCAUCAGUACAGCGAGAUCGCAGAAGGGCUGCAACCGAACUCAUCAUUCAUGAAUGCGUCGAGAACGAAUAUUGGUUCCGGUGUUUCAAAGAACAAGACUCACCUCCAUUGAAUGAAGGGAACUUACAAGAGUGGCCGCAGGAAUUUGUCUCCGUUAUCCGGUGUCUCCAAACAGACCUUGGAUUCGGCAUACCUUUGGAUCUUGCGUCGCUUGGAUCUGUUUCUGUUAAAGAUACUCCUAUGCGAGCUCGAACAACAUCUCUAGAUGAUCCUUUACUUACAUUAGGUAGAGGUGACUCGGUAGUUCAGGUACUUCCAUCUGCUCUCAAGUUUUGGGAGAAGAUUGGGCUGUCGCCUUUGAGUGGGAGAAAGGAUGUUGUUUGCUACGCAUUGUUCGAGCAGGAUGACUCAAAUAUGGAGUCCUUCGUUACCUCAUGGCUGGAACGAGUUUCUCAGGUCUACUUUGUGCGGAACCUAGGCAACCACACUAUUGGUACAUCCAGCUGGCAUCCGAGGGGUCUCGUUCCCUUGCGGUGGGCGAACUACCAACGUACACUUUCCAUCUUUCUUCGUGAUCUGGAUGAAGCGGCGCGCGUGGUAUUGUAUCUAAUUGCACCUCCAUCAUUCCUUCUCGCCGAUUUCAUUGGAUAUGCGGGGUUGUUGGGCCUCGUCAGGAAGUUUGACCUUCUUGGAGAGCGCAUUUUACUUCAUGUUGUUCCACUUGCAAGUGUCGUUGAUCACUCUCAGUUGGCCAAACAUGGCGGGUUGAUAGACAUCGUCACCAGCGUCUAUGAGCGAUUGAACCGGUGUUUGGAUCGCUUGAUUUGUCAGAAGGGGUUCCGGCGCAUGCCCCAUCAACGCGCAUGGGUUCGGGCUCCUUCUUUCACCAUUUCACGUGCGAGCGCGCCAACAUUCAAGUUUGCACUGGAAUGGCCCCCCCAUGCUACAGAUGUUACGGACAGAUACCUUUUGUUUCAUGUAGGGUAUAAACUGUCCCGCGAUAAGGAUUGGCUUUUUGCGGCUUGCGUGGAUCAGCGUGGUCAUGGCCAUGAAACUCGUCAUUGGUACAUGGGUGAUGUGUCCAUGGACGAGUCUUUCGAAAGCCUGGUAGCGCAAACUAUCCUCAAUUUUUCCAUUGAAUGCAGUCGACGCGUCCAGGUGGAGUGGAGAUCUGUCAUUGCAAAAAUGGGUUACAUGGGUCUCGCCGAAAUCGAAGCCUGGGAACUAUGUUUGGCCACCAAAGCCACUCAGGAUGCUGCUGCAAACGGUCCUCUGAACUUUGAGAUUCUCUCUGUAGAUGAUGGAUCAGUGACAUUUCUGUCCACGAAACAUCUCGGCCAAUUCGCUCCCGUGAAGUCUGGCGAAGACUCUACUACGCUGUUUGCUGAUGGCAGUUCGUCUACAUUCGCCAUUUUCCCUGCGCUCCGGCUUCAUUUCAUUUCCCCCACGCUGCCUAACUUUGGGACUGACAGCUUUGAACAUGGACAAAGCUCCAAAGCAGCACUGAUCGCAGAAGUAGAAUCCACUAAUCUACUUCCUAUAUGCUCCUCUUACUUGGUCCAUGUACCAGGGAAUUCACCCCUUGUGGCAGCUCCUAUCGGAUCUGCCUCAGCUCGCACCUGUGCAUCCGUGGUGCAGCUGAGCACACUCCUCGUAUGGAAAUCGGCCAACUCAACGUUAGGGAUGUGGAAGCGAAACAUAUCUGACCUCCAAAGAGACUGGGCAUGCAAUUUCCACGAACUUGCAGUCCUCGCAAAACUUCGGUGGGGGUUCAAAGACUGGGGCGCGCUACCAUAUCAUCUUGUUGCCGUGGAGGUGAUGUGUGCAGUGACCGAUAUGCAAAAAGACGUGCAUUUCGCUGAACACGAUCGUUCUACAUGAUAUCGAGGGACUUUACUAUAGAAUGCUAAAAUCCCAUUUUGGGUACGUGUACACUUGAUAUCCGAGGAGAGAACACUGGUGAUACCAUCGCCACACACAUUUUGUAUUAUCACCCUGCAUCUUACCACAUGCAUAAUGCUUGCCUAAUCAUUCCCCUUUUUCCUUGUACAUGCCCCAACGCAUUAUCUAGAACUGCAAUAACACCACAUAUCAUGACUGC